AUGCCACUUAAGGGGACUUUUCAAUCACCCGGAUCGCUGUACCAGCAGGAGGUUCUUCAGGUGGCUCUGGAGCGCAACACUAUAGUCUACCUGGAAACCGGCAUGGGGAAAACUCUGAUUGCCGUCAUGCUCAUGCAGGCUCGCCGUCAGAUGCGGGAGAGGAGUGGCAAGAUAUGUGUCUUUCUGGUGCCAGCGGUUGCUCUGGUGAUUCAGCAAGCGGCAGUGGUGGAGCAGCAGACGGACAUGCGGGUUGGGAAGUACAGCACAGACACAGAAAUCAAAUACGAGGCCACAUGGGUGCAGAAACAGGUCUCCCAGCAUGAGGUGCUGGUGAUGACGCCUCAGGUGCUUGUGAACCUCCUGCAGCAUGCCUUCCUGUGUCUCUCGUCAGUGGACCUCCUCAUAUUCGACGAGUGCCAUCACACCGCCAAGGACCAUGCCUACGCCACUAUAAUGAAGACGUGGUACUUCUCUUUGAAGCAGGCGGACCGGCCGCUGAUAUUCGGCAUGACAGCGUCGCCCAUCAACACCAAGGGGAGUGGGUCAGAGGAGUCGUGCGUGCAGCAGCUGCUUGAGUUUGAGCGAAUUCUCGACUCCAAGCUCUACACGGUUCUGGACAGGUCGUGUCUGGUGGAGGUGCUACCCAGCGCGAAGACCAUUCAGUCCCACUACGACCCCCCUGGCGAGGAGCAGGCGGAGGUGCUGCUGCAGCUGCGGGGGAGGGUGGAGCAGGAGAGGGAGGGGAUGGUGCAAUGGAUAGAAGAGGAGGGGAGGAGGGUGGUGGAUGAGAGUGGGGGGAUGGGCCAGGAGGGGGGGAGUGGGGGGCGGGUGGAAGAGGGGAGGGAGCAAGAGCAGGGGAGGGGCGGGCAGCAAGGCGAUCACGAUCACCAACCCAACUACCAGCAGAGGUGGACUGCAGCGUAUGGGGAGGUGCGGCGGAGGAUGGUGAAACGAGUCAAGUACUUUGCAGGAGCCCUCGACUGGUGCCUUACUGACCUCGGCCGCUACCCCGCAUUCCUGGCGCUGCACUCGCUGCGCACUCAGGCAGCCAGUGGGGGCAUGGACCUGCAUGAAGAGAAUGUCCGCUUGCGAAACGCGUUUGCAGCCGUCCGAUUGGAGUUCAUCAACCGCUGCGAGGCGUUUUUGAGAUGUGCACUACCAUCAGAGGCCAAAGAACCAGGCCCAGGCGGACUAGAAGCCACCCUCGCCCUGGCAUCACACCCCUCUGCUCUCCUCACUCCCAAAAUCGCCCACCUCCUCUCCCUCCUCCGCCUCUACUCCUCCCAGCCGUCCCCCACCAUAGUCAUUUUCGUGGAGCGCAUUGUCACCGCACACAGCCUCUCUCGACUCCUCCGCCUGCUGCCCUUGGUCGCUGCCUCAUUGAAGGCGGAUUUUGUGGUUGGUGCUGGGGCUGCCAAGAUUGGGAUCUCGGCCAAUCAGGGCGGGACAGCUAAGCACUCGCGGCCGGAUUCUGCUAUUUCACGCUUCCGUGCGGGGAAGCUGAACGUGCUGGUGGCAACGAGUGCAGCAGAGGAGGGCAUGGACAUACCGGCAUGUCACACGGUGAUCCGAUUCGACCGCAUUCUCAAUGUGCGCUCCAUGCUGCAAUCCCGUGGGAGGGCGAGGAAGCCAGGGGCGCACUUCAGAGUCCUUGUGCAGCGUGGUGAUACCAAGUACGAGGAGGACUUAGCCAAGUUCAUGCGCAAUGAAGGCACCAUGCAGGCCACGGUGCAGCAGCAGCGCAAUACCCAGAACCAGAACCAGAAUGAGAACCGAGGGGAGACAGAAGGAGAUAGAGACCUGGGAGGGCCGUUUUGGGAAGAUGAAACGGAGGAGGAAGAUGCGGAGGAGGGAGGAGAAGGGGAGGGAAUGGAUGUGGAUUGGGAUGGGAGGGUGAACCUGGAAGUGGGGGCAGAGGAAGGAGGGAAUGAGGCUAGUGGGAAAGGUGGUGUGGGGGGAGAGGGUGUGGGGGGAGAGGAGAGGGGGGAAGGGAAGGUGGAGAAGGGGGAAGGGAAGGUGGAGAGUAGGUGGGGGGUGAGGGGCGGCAGCAGGGUGCUAAUGGUGCCGAGUACAGGGGCGAUGGUGACGAGGCAAGGCAGUGUGGCUCUUGUGUAUCAGUUCUGCAACACUUUGGGGACCAAUGACGGGAGUGGCGUGCUGCAGCCAUUCUUCUCUGUUAACUCCUCACCCGCCGAUUCAAGCACCACCGGUGCUGCCACUGCAGCUGCAGCUUCUCCCAGCGACCCUCCAGCGGGCCUCUUUACAGUCACACUCCGCCUGCCAGCCACUGCCGGCGUCCCUGCCAUCCACGGCCCGCCAUGCCGGACGAAAAUCGCCGCCCGGAGAGCCGUGUGCCUGCAGGCAGUACGGAUUCUGCUGGAUUCUGGGCGGCUGAGCGAGCGGCUGUUGCCGAUUCGGUGGGGGAAGAAGAGGCGGAGCAAGUUCGGUGCUACUGUGGCUCCUGAGAGAGCUCGCCGUGUUGCCAUGCACGUGCAUCAGCUAAUCCCCUCCGCCAUGCGCCUCCCAUGGGAGGGGACGGGUGAGGGGGAGCAGCGAGGGGUGGGCGAGGAGGAGGAGAAGGAGCAGGGAAGGCGGGCGUAUUUUGUGUAUCGUGUUCACAUCCGCAUGGCCAGGAAGGCAGACAGGAGGGCAGAUGGAGGUGGAAGAAAGCGUGAUGGCGAGGAUGCUAGAGGGUGUGACACUAAGGAGGAGGGCAGUGAACGUGACUUCCAGCUGGUUCCCAUGGGUCGUGUGGUGCUCUCUGCCAGUCAGGCACGUCUCCUCAUGUCCUUCCACGCGCAUCUCUUUGCCACUGUCCUGCGCUGCUGUCACCAAACCACAUGUGAUCUCAAUGCACCAGAAGCUGCUUUCCUCCCUCCUCACUACCCCACCUGCUCCCCUCCCUGGCAGGCUCGACUCCUCAUGUCCUUCCACGCGCAUCUCUUCGCCACUCUCUUGCGCCGCUGCCGCCGCUGCUGCCAAGCCACACCCACCCCUAGUGCUGGCCAUGGUAGUGCUGCCCCUGACGAUGUUUCUCCUAGUAGUGCUUCCCAGUACCAUCCAUCCCCGUUUUGGAACAGCCCGUUGCACUAUAUAGUUGCUCCUGUGGCUCAACCGCUGUCCAUGGGCAGUCCCUGCCAGGGUGCUGCUGCUGCUGCUGGCAUGGCUGCUGCAGCAGCUGCUGCCGCUGGUGCUGCUAGUGCUGCUGCAGCAGCUGCUGCCGCUGGUGCUGCUAGUGCUGCUGCAGCAGCUGCUGCCGCUGAAGAGGAAGAAAGGGAGGAGGAGACAAAGGGAAAGGGAAGCCGAAGGGGCGAAGGGGAGGAGUGGAAGGAGGUGUUGUGUGCGGCGAUCGACUGGGCUGUAGUCAUGUCUGUCGCUGAUGCUUCCCUGUGGCUGGUGGAUGCUAGAGAGAGGAGUGAGGGGCUGGGAGAGGCGACGAGGGAGGGGGAGGUGAGGGUGGAGGAAAAAGAGAGAAUGGGAGAGGAGAGAGUGGGGAAGGAGAAGGAAGGUGGAAAGGAGGGGAGGCAACCACAACGAGGAAGAAAGGAACAAGGGGGACGAGGAGGGCAAAUGUGCGGAAGGGGAGUAGACGAGGGGGAGCAAGGGGGAGGAGACAGAGAAGCUACCGCGGAGCAGUGUCGUGGUGGGUUGCGCUGUGAGCAGCAGCAACAGCAGCAGCAGCAGCAGCAGGGGCUGAGAGUGCUGGGGAGGCACAUGCAGCGGUUAAGUCUGGAGGAGCAACUGGCAGCAGUAGAGCGCAUGAGAGGGUGUGUGGUUGUUGCCAGGCACACUGGGUGGCUGUACCGUGUGUCCCGGGGGGAGGUGGGGAAGGGGGAGGUGGGAAGGGGGGAGGCGGGAAGAGGGGAGGCUGGGGGACGGGAGGUAGUGCGGGGGGAAGCUGGGCUGGGGAAGGUGGUAGUGGGGGAGGCGGAGCAAGGGGAGACAGGGUUGGGGGUGAGAAGGAUGGAUGAGGAAGCUAACGUUGAUGGGACGAGUGGACGGGCAGAGGUGGGGGAGGGGGAUGAUGGGGAGAGGGGAGAGGAGAAGAAUGGGGAGGGGGGAAAGGAGGGUGGAGGAGAGGGUGUGUUGACGGCUCUAAGUCGCUUCCCUAAUGAAGGCUAUGCCACGUUCGAGGAGUACUUCAAAGAGAGGCACGGCGUGCAGCUGGUGUGUCCCCAUCUGCCUCUGCUGCUCAUGCGCACGCUUCCAUCCGCAAAGGCGUGCCUCAAGCCCCCCUCACCAAACGACAUGCCCAAAGCCUCCAAGACCACUUCCUCUUCCUCCACCUCCUCCUCUCGCCCCUUCUCCGUGCUUCUCCCCCCCGAGCUGCUCCAUCCACUCAUGGCCUUCCCUCUCUACCAGGCCGCCUCGCUGCUGCCCUCUGUGCUGCACCGCCUGCAGGGGCUACUGCUAGCAGAAGAGUUGAGGGACAGGAUUGGGGCUGUGCCUGGUGGUCCCUCGCUGCUGCCCUCUGUGUUGCACCGACUACAAGAACUGCUGCUGGCAGGGGAAUUGAGGGACAGAAUGGGGCGGGAGGCUCACAUGGAAGGGAUGCUUUCUAAGCUACCAGUGGCUAGGGGGCUGCUGCUAGCAGGGGAGUUGAGGGACAGGAUGGGGCGGGAGGCUCAGAUGGAAGGGAUGCUCUCGAACCUACCUGUUGCCAGGCUCCUGCACGCCAUAACGGCCUACUCCACGAGGGAGGGCUUCUCCUACGAGAGGGACGAGCUGCUGGGGGGCUGCUUCCUCAAGGCGGCGCUCAGCUCAGUUUCCCCUGCUGCACCUCUCCCCGCCCUCACCUCUCUCCAUCCCUCAGCUCCUGCACGCCUUAACGGCCUACUCCACGGAAGAGGGGUUGCCCGGCCUUGCCUCCUGUUGGCCCUGCCUCCUGUGCUCCUGAUGCUGGGGUGUUGUCUCUCUUCUGCAACCUUCCUCGUCACUGCAUUAGUGCCCUCAGCUCUCUGGGUACCUGCCUUGCCUUGCCACCUGCAUCCUGCACUUGCCCCCUCCUCGGCUGCCUAG